AUGUGGGCAUCAAGUCACUCCCGUCAUGCGUUCAAACGGCUCCUCAAUUUUGAGCGGAACUCCAUGUUUGGCAUACCACUGACAGCCACAAAACAUACUUCACAGAGCUUUUGGCAUAUCCCUCGUGAUCCCCUCGCCUCAGAAGAGGAUAUUCGGGGUAAAUUCCCCGGCAACUCUAACAUCGGAUUCUCAAUCUUGAAAAUUCUGAUCUUCCAAGUGCUCGGGAGCCGUCUUGUCCAAGUACGGUUCCCCGAAACGGUUGGGAUUCAAACCUUCGGAGGGAACUUACGCGUGCAACUCUCUCAUGGUCUUAACUAUCGAAAGUGUGCGAAUCGUGUCAAAAAUAAUUCCCACAAGGGUAUAUUUUCAGAAGCUUCGAAGCAGCGAGCGGCAUUAGCGCAGCGCCAUUUCCGGAGAAGUGGUGAGCGCGCUGAUGUUACUCGAAAGGACCCACCCAAUAUUUGGAACCUUGCGCUGACUUCUGGAUUGACCUCGAAAACUCGAAUUCGUAAAAAGGAUGGCACUUGGAGAGGGACCUGGUGA